GAAAGAGGGUCUCUACUAUUAUAGUAUUAUUAUUGUUACUAUACUCUUCACUUACACAUUGAUUCUUAUCAUAACAACUUCUUUUUUAUUGAUUUCAUUCUCAUUUCCCAGAUUCAAAACAUAUAUACACUACUUGCUCUUGCUUUUGUCAUUCAUUCAAUAUGGCUGUUGAAUUGGUUGCUGGUGCUUUGCUCUCAGCAUCACUUCAAGUUCUGUUUGAGAGAUUGGCCUCUCAAGACAUACCACAGCUGUUCCAAGGAAAGAAACCCAUUCUGAAGCUGCUCGACAAGCUCAACACUAGGAUGUUAUCAGCUAACAAACUGCUCAAUGAUGCUGAGGACAAGCAGCUGAGAGAUGACAAUGUCAAGCAAUGGCUUUUCAAGCUUCAAGAUGUCAUCUAUCAAGCUGACGAUUUGGUCGACAUGAUUGACUAUGAAGCUCUGCGAUCCAAUCAAUCUAGCAGCCGCGCAACCAAGGUAUUUCACCAACUGAAAUCUGUCUCACCUUUGUUGUCCACAUUUGAUAGAACUGUGCAGCAUGAUGUCACUGAGAUCCUUCUGAAACUAGAUGAUCUUCUUGAUCAAAAGGAUGCUCUUGGCUUGAGAGAAGGUGUUCGAAACAACUCUUCUCAAAGGCCACCUGCUCCUUUAGUUGAAGAAUCUGAUGUUUAUGGAAGGCACGCUGAAAAAGAAACUAUUGUUGAUCUGUUGCUAAGAAGUGAUGAUGUUGAUGGUGGUGAUUAUAAGAUUUCUGUCAUCCCUAUUGUCGGGAUGGGUGGUGUUGGCAAAACAACUCUUGCUCAACUUGUUUAUGAUGAUGUUCGAGUCAUUAAACAUUUUGAGAUUAGAGCAUGGGUUACUGUGUCAGAUGAGUUUGAUAUUUCAAAGGUAACGAGAGAGAUCUUCGAGGGGGUCACUUCUAAAAAGUGUGAUCUCCAGAACCCGAACGAAAUUCGAAGAAAAUUGAAGGAAGCAUUGCAGGGGAAAAAGUUUAUGUUUGUUCUUGAUGAUGUUUGGAACGAGUCUUAUUCUUUGUGGAACACUUUGAGGAGUUGUUUUGAGUCUGGAACAAGUGGAAGUAAAAUUGUAGUCACUACUCGGAGUGAAAAUGUAGCCUCUACUAUGGCCACCAGGGAAAUUCAUCAGCUACACACAUUGUUAGAUGAUGAUUGCUGGCAAUUAUUUGUCAAACAUGCUUUUAGAAACAUGGAUGACCUUCUUAACUACAAAGAUUUGGAGAUACUAGGUAGGAAAAUAGUGGACAAGUGCAAAGGGCUUCCUUUAGCAAUAGUAUCUCUCGGUGGACUAUUGCGCUCCGAAAGAAAUGUCAAGAAAUGGGAGGACAUACUUAAGAGUGACACAUGGGAGGAGUUGUACAAGAAGGAGGGUUCUAUUCUUCCAGCUUUAUGGUUGAGCUACCGUCACUUACCUGGACAUCUCAAGCGAUGUUUUGCGUUUUGUUCUAUUUUCCCUAAAGAUUACGAGUUUGAAAGAAAAGAAUUGAUUUUGUUGUGGAUGGCUGAAGGAUUUUUGCAAUUUGAUAAAAAAAGCAAAAAGUUGGAGGAGCAUGGGGAAGAAUACCUUGAAGAUCUUUUGUCAAGGUCUUUGUUUCAACAUUCGAAGAAGAUUAAAUCAUUCCUCCAAAUGCAUGACUUAGUACAUGAUUUAGCUGUGUUUGUAUCAAAUGAUUUUGGCCUUAGGUUGGAAUAUUCUAGUAAUGAUUUACUUAAACUUUCAGCAAAGACACGCCACUUGUCAUAUAUGAAGAAGUGGGAAUACGACCUCAACAAAUUCAAGGGAUUGCAUGAAGCCCAGAGCUUGCGUACCUUUCUAGCACUGCCAUUCCAAUCAAACCAUUUCACCUCAAACAAGAUGAAGUAUGAUAUGUUGCUUACAAGUGGAAGUUGUUUAAGAGUUCUUUCUUUAUGUCAAUGUUCUAUGAAGAAGCUGCCUCAUUCAAUUGGAAAUCUAAAGCAUUUGAGGUAUUUGGACUUGUCUUUCACUCCACUUCAAGAAUUGCCUGAUUCAGUUUGUAAUUUGUACAAUUUACAGACUUUAUUAUUAUAUGAGUGUUGGAAGAUUCGUGAAUUACCAAAGAAGAUGGGAAGGUUAAUCAACUUGCGAUAUCUAGAUAUUGAUGGUGUACCACUAAAAGAUUCAGAGUUUCCCCAACAACUUAGUACUAUGAAACACUUGUCUUUCUUAUCCAAUGUGGUUUUGAGUAAUGAUAGAAAUAGUAGUGGAGGAUUUGAAAUGAAAAAAGUAGGAAAGCUUGAGAACUUACGCUGCAUUUCUGGUUUGGAAAAUAUCAAGGAUGGUAGAGAAGCUUCGGAGGCUAAUCUGAAGGAUAAGAAGUAUCUUUCGGAGCUGACUUUGAAGUGGGAUGAUGAUGAUAAUGACGGCUAUGUAGCUGCUAAUUCACAAAAGGAAAAAGAGAAAGAAAAGGAUAUACUUGAUGCGCUUAGACCACAUACAAAUUUGGAGCAUCUUAGAAUUGUAGGUUAUAGAGGUUCAUCAUUCUCAGAGUGGAUUGGAGAUUCUGCAUUUGCUAAGUUAGUAUCAGUCAGCUUUAUCAAUUGUAAGAAUUGUUGUGUUUUACCCCCACUUGGGCAGCUACCAUUUCUCAAACAACUUAAUAUUAGAGGAUGUGAUAGUGUGAUCUCAAUAGGUGAUGACAAUUACAAGGCCGCUCUUCCUUUAUUCAGUUGUCUAGAGUCACUAACGAUUGCAGAUAUGAUGGAGUGGAAAGAUUGGUCAUUCAGUAGUGAAGAAGCUAUGCAACAAGGUCAAAUACUAUUCCCUCUUCUCAAAUGGCUAGAACUUAGUAAUUGUCCAAAGCUUGAUGUUGGGUUACCGGGUUGUUAUCUACCAUCCUUAGAAAAACUGCAUAUCUGGAAGUGUGAAGGAAUGGUGGGUUUGGUCCCAAGAACUACUCAGCACACAGGCACAGGCACAGCUCCCUCUCUUGUGGAGAUACAUAUAGAGGAUUGUCUGGUGUUGGAAUCGCUUCUAGGGUGGGGAUCACUACACUCCAAACUAAAGAAGAUUGAGUUACACAAUUCCAAAAGGCUGUUUGAGAACCAUAAGCAAUGGGAUCUGCAUAGACUCUCCUCUUUGGAAUCCUUACAUAUCAGUGGGUGGGAAGCUGUUAGUUUUCCAUACGAGGCAGGCCUUCCGACCACUCUAACUAAAGUCAACAUUUGGGAUUGUAGUAAGCUUGAAACUCUAAACAACAAGGCCUUUCAACAACUUACCUCCCUUCAGAAAUUGUAUAUUAAAAACUGUCCAAGGCUGCGGUGCUUGCCCGAAGAGGGGCUGCCUUCUUCCCUUUCUUAUUUAAAAAUAAGAGAUUGUCCUUUGUUAAAGCAACAGUGUGAGAAAGAGAAAGGAGAAGAUUGGCCUAAGAUUCAACACAUCACAAAAGUAACAUUAGAUGAUGGUGAAUGAACAUAUCAACUAAAUGCUGUGUCUGCAUCUACAUUGAUCUCUCUCUUUCUCAAUUACAUUAUUCUCUUUCUUCUUUUGCUUCUUUUAUUUAUUAUUAUUAAGGCUGUAGCGUUGUUGGAUUAUUGUCAUGCAAUUAAAUUCAGAUUUAGUUGGAAAACCAAUGAAUAUGAAUAUGAAAACGUUAAUAAAGUACAACUCUUACA